UACCUGCUCCCGUCCAUGUUAGAAACGGUCAUAUCGUAGUGUCCUUGAAAGUAAUAAUAAUAAUAAUAAUAAUAAUAACGUAACGUCAAAUAGCAUACAGCCAGUAGCAUUUUUUUCGGCUUCGGGAUGGAAAAGGUUUCAGUUCAAAAUACCUUCUUUCAAAUAAUGGCAAGGCAAGAUCGCAGUGGGGAGAAAUAGCUGAUGGUGAUUUUUUUUUUUCCUUUUUUCUUUUUUUUUUCAGCGAGGACAUAACAGGUUUGUACCAUUUCCACCGCCGGAGGAUGUUGGUGUCGCUGCGGACUGUUUCAGCACCUCACCAACAGACAGCUCCCAUUAACGCUCUAUCUGCAACGCUUCAAUGCUUGUUCCUCGACCGUUCCCCCACCCCUUAGCGUCGAUUUCUUAACAUCUUAUUAUUCAUUUUCUCUGUUUUUCAGAGACACUUAUUAACUUUUGUUUGUUUUUUUUUAUUCAUAAAAUAAAUCACCUGGUGUCACUGGACUGAUCGUGCGCUCGCUACGGAAGGCGAAGGAGCUGGUUUCAAAGGCUAUUUCUCUUAUUUCUGCUAUAGGAUACAACGCUUUCGAACAACACCUUGGACAACAAAAUGGUUUUCCUGUGCUUCAGAAGUACAUUCCAACGUCUGGACACCAAGUUCUGUUAGUGGAUCCGAGAGGGAAACUGUCAAUAGUAACAGGUUUCACAGUCAUAUCACCUCCUUGCUUUAUAGCGGGAACCUACUUCAAAAUGAACGGAAGCCUCCUGCCUGGAUAUUAAUUAUCUCUGUCAGAGCCUGGUUCUCCAAGUACGAACCGACUGGAUCCUCUAUGAGGAUUGCAAUGGCCCACCUACAGGCUGGCCUCAGUGCCGAAACCAUAGAGAAAGCCCGCCUGGAGCUGAACGAGAACCCAGACACGCUCCAUCAGGACAUCCAGCAGGUACGGGACAUGGUCAUAACCCGGCCGGAUAUCGGGUUCCUGCGCACGGAUGACGCCUUCAUCCUGAGGUUCCUCCGGGCCCGCAAGUUCAACCAGCUGGAGACCUUCAAGCUCCUGGCCCAGUACUUCCAGUACCGGCAGCAGAACCUGGAGAUGUUCCAGGGGUUCAAGGCCGAUGACCCUGGCAUCAAGCGCGCACUGAUGGAUGGGUUUCCUGGGAUCCUCGAAACGGCGGAUCAGUACGGGAGAAAGAUCCUCAUUCUCUUCGCUUCUAACUGGGACCAGAGUAGGAACUCCUUCUCGGACAUCCUGCGGGCCAUCCUCCUCUCCCUGGAAGUGCUGAUCGAGGACCCGGAGCUGCAGAUCAACGGCUUCAUUUUAAUAAUCGACUGGAGCGACUUCUCCUUCAAACAGGCCUCCAAGCUCACCCCUAGCAUCUUGAAGCUGGCCAUCGAGGGGCUGCAGGACAGCUUCCCUGCUCGAUUUGGUGGCAUCCAUUUUGUAAACCAGCCCUGGUACAUCCAUGCCUUGUACACCAUCAUUAAGCCUUUCCUCAAAGACAAAACCAGGAAAAGGAUUUUUCUCCAUGGCAACAACCUCAACAGUCUGCACCAGCUGAUUUACCCAGAAUGCCUCCCGUCAGAGUUUGGUGGAACCCUGCCCCCAUAUGACAUGGGUACGUGGGCGAGGACACUCUUGGGCCCAGACUAUAACGACGAGACGGAGUACACCCACACAUACGAUGCCCUGCACGUGAAGGAGGCCCUGGGCCAAUCUGUCCGCGAAUGUGACGAUAACCUCAUGAGAAGGUCUCAGUCAGCAGUGGAGCCAGAGACUCUGAAACACAGAGAGAGAGACGAUGAGACGGCACAGCCACUCCUGGCUCUAGACUGAGCGAAGAGGAGAGGGCAGAAAAGGAAGAAGGGUCGGGAGGAAAGGGAGAAAGGAGUUACUCCACAUGCCCCACUUUACAGGUGUAAGUGUCACCCAGCCUCAAUCCUGUCAGUCAGUCCUGACAGCUGUACUUCAACCCUCCCUGACGCAGACUGGACAGUGAGAAAUCUAAACCACUGAACAGACUUAAUCACGUGCAAGUGAUUGUGUGCUAAAACUGACACUUAUGUUCUCUGUUCAAAACAAAAUAUGAAUGUAUCAUUUAUUGGAGCCUCAACUACUGUGACCUCAUCCAAACUGAAACGUAUAAAGGAAUGUACACAAUGAACAACACAUGACAACGAACACAAAGCUGUGUAUAUAAAAUUGUGUUGAACAGGGUCGUUCAGUCAAAGGACACUGUGAGGAGAAAUGAUGGGGGUGGGGGGGUCAGGUGUAAGCAGUUUCCUGAUGUGUGUGUCUGACAAUGUACAGUAAACUGGUAUGUUGUUACAAAGUAUUUUCAUUUAACAUGGUAUGUACGGUUACUGAAACAAUAUAUGAUUAAAUUACAGCAGAUGCUGUAAUGUUUUGCUGCCAGGUCAUUACAUGUAUGUGUUAAAGUGCAGAUGUGAGAUUAUAAACUCGACAGACAACAUAAGACUGGCAACCAGAACAUGUAAAAUGUGACUGGAACCUUCCGGAACUGUGUCUGCUGUUUCAUUCUGACACACAGCAUUGUUCGAUAAGGGCCCUGUGCUUCUUCAGGUAUUAGAGCUUAAUAUAGAAAGAAUUAAAGCUGUAAAACAUGUUUCUUGUUAUUUAAGUUAUGUAUUUUUUGGUUGUUGAAUGUAAAAAAUAUUUUGACACAAUUUGUGCAAUUUGACUGAUAAAUAAAAAAAAGAAAUAUCUAAAAAUACAGCAGCAAAGAUUACAUUAUAAUGAAAAAAACAGGCUGCUUAUUCUGAUUUUGGUAUGUGCGGUAUGUGUGUAUGCUUAGCUCUCUUUCUCUCUUUCUCUGCGUUUGUGUGAGAUUGGCCAGGUUCACACUAAUUUAUGGCAAUCUCAGCAUUAUUUCCUUUCAAACGAUGAAUAAAGGUUCAGUCUACUGAAGUGUGGCUGUGGCCAUUUAAAAUAGCUGUCAGCCAUCAUUUCAUGUGCAGCACAGUAUCUCCAGACAAUGGAAGACUCACUAAGACUGUGACAAAAAAUGAUUAGAUUUACAUAAAUUUUAAAAUGAACUUAUAGCAGUAUGGUCACAAAUCAAAAAUGCUUUU